AAGCCGCGACACUCAAUGCCCUUCAUGGCUUUGGUACAGUCAGGUAAAUUCAAAUGUGGAGGAAUAUUAAUUGAUCCACAGUGGGUCCUGACAGCUGCACACUGUGAAAAAGUUAUUUGGCCUACUGUGCUCCUGGGAGUGCACUCCAUCAAAGAUGAAAAAAAAGAAAAGAAGUACCGUCAGAUCCGUAAGGUGACGAGACGGAUACCUCAUCCCUCCUUUAACAAGGCAAGCGGAGACAAUGACCUUAUGUUACUCAAGCUGGACAAACCAGUGAAGCAAACCAAGUGGGUCCGCGUUCACCAGCUGAAUAAUGUUGUGAAACUGCCAGCAGUCGGUGACAUCUGUCAAGUGGCUGGAUGGGGAGCAACCAGCAAAAAUGGUAAAAACUACUCAGACGUUCUGAUGGCUGCUAAUGUAGCUGUAAUUGACAGAAGGAAGUGUAACUCUAAAAAACAUUACAACCAUAAACCUUUAAUUACAACGAACAUGAUAUGUGCCGGGCCCAAUGGAAAAAGCAAGGCUGACACCUGUGCGGGGGAUUCAGGGGGACCAAUAUUGUGCAAAGGAGUUCUUGUCGGAGUAACAUCUUUUGGAGGCAACAAUACUAAUCACUCUAAAAACUGUGGAUCAGUAAAGUGGCCUGGAGUGUAUGCCUUACUUUCAAAAGAAAAAAUAGAAUGGAUCAACAAAGUGAUGAAGUCUCUUAAAAUUGAAUAA